AUGGAUGAAAAAAAUCCAACCGAAUUAAGUGUGCCCAACAUAGAAGCAGUUGGAAGUCAUUUACAAGUCCAAGAUCAUGAAAUUGAUUUACAAGCAAUCACAUCAAAUCCUCUUUCUAUUGGUCAAGUUGCUACCACAUUAACUGAAUCUCAAAAAUGGUUUGUUUUGAAAAGAUUACAUUUUGAUGCCUUAGUGUCGUUAGAAGAAUUACCUCCUCAAGCUAGUUUUAUAUUUGAAAAAAUUGAACAAAUGACUACUGAAGAAGCUGUUGAAAUAUUAGAAAAAAACAUUAAAGAGCAUGAAACUGAUGUUAAUAUACCAGAAAAUGAUUUAAUCCUUUGGAAAGAGUUAGUUGAAAGGUCUCAUAAAUUUACCAAAGUCCAAUUACAAGAAAAAUUGGGUAACAAUUCAUCAUCAUCUUUGGAAAAUGAAAGAAUUGGGGAUGUUGAACAAGGUCAUGAAAUUGUUGAUUGGGAUUUACAAGUACGUUUAGAAGCAGUAUUGGUUGCUUAUUGGUCUCCAUACCCUGAAGUUAGAGCUGUUACUUUCCCAUACGAUGAUCCAACUAUUCCUGCUGAAACAUUUAGAGUUUAUUUGAUUGCAAUUAUUUGGACAGCAAUUGGUGCUGUGAUUAAUCAAUUUUUUGCUGAAAGAAGACCAGCAAUAUCUCUUUCCAUGGCAGUUGUACAAGUUUUCCUUUAUCCAUCUGGAAUACUUUGUCAGUGGAUUUUACCUAAUUGGGAAUUUCAAAUUUGGAAAUUAACUAUUAACUUAAAUCCCGGUCCUUACACAUAUAAGGAACAAAUGUUGGCUACGAUAUUUUGCGGUGUUACUGGAGGUGGAACUUCUUAUGUUUCCAGUAAUAUUCUUAUGCAAAAAUCUGAAAUUUUUUACGACAACAAAUGGGUUGAUUUUGGAUAUCAAGUAUUAUUGAUUUUGUCUACCAACUUUCUUGGUGUUGGUCUUGCUGGUAUCAUGAGAAAAUUUGCCGUGUACCCUACUAAAGCGGUUUGGCCAUCCAUUUUACCAGGUUUAGCAUUAAAUAAAACUUUAUUAACCCCUGCUAAAAAGGAAAUAAUCAAUGGAUGGAAAAUAUCCGGUUAUAAUUUUUUCUUUAUUGCAUUUGUUGCCUCAUUUCUUUAUUUUUGGAUACCUGACUACUUAUUCCAAGCUUUGUCAACUUUCAAUUGGAUGACAUGGAUCAAACCAGAUAACCAAAAUCUUGCUGUAAUUACUGGUUCAGUUGGUGGAUUAGGUUUGAAUCCAAUAACUACUUUUGAUUGGAAUUAUUUCAGUUCUAUGCUUCAACCACUUCAAGUUCCAUUCUUUUAUCCUGUUAAUAACAUUAUUGGUAUGGCAAUUGCAUUCUUUUGUAUCAUUGGUGUUUGGUAUUCCAAUUAUAAAUGGACGGGAUAUUUACCAAUCAAUGAUAAUGGUCUUUAUACCAAUACUGGUGAACCUUAUUCAGUUAGACUGGUUGUCGAUACCAAUAGUUUGUUUGAUAAAAAAAAAUAUGCUGAAAUGGGCCCACCAUUCUAUACUGCUGCUAACUUGGUUGUAUAUGGUGCGUUCUUUGCCAUUUAUCCAUUCCAUUUUGUUUACGAACUUGGUAUGAAUUAUGACCAAAUGUGGGAUGCUUGUAAGUCGUUUUGGAGAGUGAUUAAAGACUAUAAAAAAUCUACCUAUGAUGGAUUUGAUGAUCCCCACAGUACCAUGAUGAAAGCAUACCCAGAAGUUCCAGAAUGGGCUUAUUUGAUUAUCGUUGUUAUUUCAUUGGUGUUAGCAAUUUUGUGUGUCAAAGUAUAUCCUGCCGAAACUCCAGUGUGGGGUAUUUUCUUUGCAUUGGGGAUCAAUUUUAUAUUCUUAAUUCCAUUAACCACCAUCUAUGCCAGAACUGGAUUUGCUUUCGGAUUGAAUGUCUUGGUUGAAUUGAUUGUUGGUUAUGCUAUCCCAGGUAAUGGGUUAGCAUUAGCAUUUAUAAAGGCAUUGGGUUACAACAUCGACGGUCAAGCACAGAAUUUUGUCAAUGAUUUGAAACAAGGUCAUUACGCUAAACUUCCUCCAAGAGCUGUUUAUCGUGUUCAAUUGUUAUCUAUUUUCAUAUCAUCUUUUAUUCAAUUGGGUAUAUUAAACUUCCAAAUUAAUGGUGGUAUUAAAGAUUAUUGUGAACCUGGUAAUACUCAAAAAUUCACUUGUCCAAACAGUAGAACUUUCUAUUCAGCAUCAGUAUUAUGGGGUGUUAUUGGUCCAAAAAGAGUUUUCAAUGGGUUAUAUCCAAUUUUAAGAUGGUGUUUCUUAAUUGGAUUUUUAAUUGCAUUCCCAUGUAUUGCUAUUAAAAAAUGGGGUCCAAGAAAAUAUGUCAAAUAUUUCGAACCCUCUAUUAUUAUCGGGGGAUUCUUAAACUAUGCUCCAUAUAACUUGUCAUAUUACAUUCCUGGUCUUUAUGUGUCAUAUGCAUUUAUGUCAUAUAUUAAAAGAAAAUACGAAGCAUGGUGGCAAAAAUAUACUUAUGUUCUUUCAACUGGUUUGAAUGCUGGUAUUGCCUUUUCAUCAAUCAUUAUUUUCUUUGCAGUAAUGUAUCAUGAAAAAGAUAUUAAUUGGUGGGGUAACACAGUUCUGUAUUCUGGCGUUGAUUAUGGUAUGACAGGAUGGUUGAAUGCCACUGUUGAUGCACCAGAUGGUUAUUUUGGACCAAGAGUUGGUCAUUUCCCUUAG